UGCAUUUUGGAUGGCCAAGCAGGAGCAGGGAGAUGCGAGUCCCGACACGCUACCGGCCUCCGGUUGCUGCCCUUGAGGCAGAGCCGAGAAGGGUGGUGCCCCCACCGUUGCCUUCCUUCCGCAGCCGCACCUGUGAGUCGCAGCAGCAGAGGAAGAAGAAGAAGAGGAAGAAGGAGGUGGGAUGUAAUGCCAUGGCCUGUCAGAUUCCUCUGCGACCCUGCUGCAUCAGUUCUCGGGGUUUAUUCCCUUCUUUGUCACCAUCGACGUUCCACUCGUCGCGCCUCACGGGAGGGAUUAGUGGGAAACCCAUCGUAGGCUCCUCGUUGCUUGGUCUUCUUCCUCCUCAGAGACCCAACCGUUCGGCCCGCCACAGAACGAACUGCCAUGAAGAGAAAGAUGGUCCUUCGUCCACGGGAACGGAGCGUCUAGCUGAAAAUGACGAGACGCAAAUCACAGGCUUGGCAAUGACCAUGCAUCAGAUUCAGGACAGAGCAAGGAUAUUUUUUGCUGUUUUCUUCUGGAUGUCUCUUUUCUUCUGGGCUUGCGCGUGGGAUGGGAGGAAUAACAGGCCACCAAAGAGUCGCCCUUGGUUCAGAAAGUAGGCUACACCAGUGUAUAUGAAAAUAUAUGUAUUCAGCAUCUUAGCUUAGCGUCAAUUUUUACUUACAAAUGUACUAUAUGUGAACUAUGAUUUGUUCAUCUAUACUCACUACAGUAGACUGCAAUAAAUUCAAAAGGAUGGUCAUCGUAAGGUUUUAAGCAA